CCUGCAUCUCCAAUCACUGCCAUGGCCUUUCCAAGUGCAAUCACUAUUCUAUUCCUGUUAGUCUUGAUCCCCUUCUGGGCCUUCUCCACUGCCGCCCCGUCUGCUGCUCCGUCUGCCGCUCCUUCUGCAGCCCCACCUGCUGCCCCGUAUGCUGCUCCGCUUGCUGCUCCUGCUGCCGCUCCGUCUGCCGCUCCAUCUGCCGCUCGGUCUGCUGCCCCAUCAGCCGCUCGGUCUACCGCCCCGUCUGUUGCCCCGUCGACUUCUUCAUCAGGGACUUCUCCAUUCUUAUUCUCUACUAAACGUCUUUGCCUUAUGUUUCUGAUGGCACACUUUGAAUUCCAGAGCUUCUACUUUAUUGAUGAACACCCCCUUUCUUGUACCCUUCUGCUCAACCCUCUUAUUCUGAGAAAGCCCCUAAGCAGUAUGUUCCUAUCUCUCGGGUUCUCAGUUUUCACCAGGUGCCUAGGUUACUAUGGUAACAGCUUUCUCAUAGAAAAAGGGAGCAUUAUAGAAGAGGCAGUUGUUCCUUCCAGACCAUUUGGGGGAGUAGAAAAGAUUAGUUUAUGUUUUGGUUCCUUCCAAGCAGCAGGUUGUUGGUACUCCUUGCUUACAGAGAGAAUUGGUCUAGGUUCUCAGCUUUCACCAGGAUGCGUAGGUUACUAUGGUAACAGCUUUCUCAUAGUUGAGGUUAGUGAAGCUAAUCGAAAAUGCAGCAUACCAAUCCAUGGAAAUUGCACAUACAAAUACUGCUGUUGGGAUCUCUGCAAAAAGCAGAUACGGUCCUUGUCCUUAGGCGCCAUAAGUGUCAUUGAUGGCGCUCAUCGGUGCUACUGUCACGCGAUAUAUAGAGGUAAGCCAGGUUCUUGUGCGCCAUGAGUGUGGGCAAUAGCAAGGAUUUUGGCUGACAAAACUUAGAAUUUUGCUUCUUACAUCAAUCUGGAUAUCAUGAAUAACUGCACCCUCUGACUUGAAAACCUACUGGUGAAACCUCCUAUUCCUCUCCAUCCACACAUGGUAGAAUCUUCUUACCCAGCCAAUGCAUUAGGCUUUGCCAAGAAUCAGUAAAAGGUAUACCAG